CUUUCUUUUAUUAAAAUCUUGAUAACGAUGGAUUCGAUUAAGAAACGCUCUAGGUCCCAUUCGCACUCCCCUUCUAGGAAGCAAAGGAAGCGUUCAACGUCAAGUAAAAAGAGACAUAAACCAAGGAAAUCUAGAUACGACAGUUCUACAUCGUCCAGUUCAUCAUCUGACACUUCUGGUUCCGAUUCAUCGUCUAGCGAUGAUAGCAGAAAACGCCGAAAGGAAAGAAAAAGAAAAAAGAAAAUGUCACGAAGGAAAAGAGACAGUUCCUCAGAUUCAAAUUCAUCAUCUCAAGAUAGAAAGAAGAGGAAAAAAGAGAAGAAAAAGAAGAAGAAGAAGAAAUUAAAGAAAAAGAUAAAAGAAGCAAAGAAAUUACAAGAAAACUCAAACAAAGAAAUCCAAGGUAUUUCUGUGCCCUCACAAGCUGUAGGUCAACAGAAAGGGGAAGACAAGGCGUCAUCAGCAGGACCAGCACCUAGGAUUUUGAAGCCAAUGACAAAAGAGGAAUGGGAGAAACAGCAGAGUGUUGUUCGUCGGGUGUAUGAUCCAGAGACAGGUAGAAACAGAUUAAUCAAAGGUGAUGGUGAAGUUAUUGAAGAAAUUGUCAGCAGGGAGCGACACAAAGAAAUCAAUCAGCAAUCAACUAGAGGAGAUGGCUUGUUUUUCCAGUCCAAGAUGGGAUUAUUACCAAAGUGAUGUGUCUUGACAUUCCGAACUGAACAAACCUAUUUCAGCUCUGAAGAUAGUUUAUAUCAUUCCUUUCUAGAUAGAAAAAUCUCCAAUACUAGCUAGAUGUGUCUAAUUCUGGAAGGACAAAUUGACAGCACACACAUGUACCAGCUGAGAUAAUGUAAAGCUGUUUUUAUAUUGAAUGAAUGACCAAGUUUGUUUUGACCAAAUAAUUUUGGUCUGGAGCAUGCAUUGCUUGGUGAAGAGGAAUGACCCCUGCUGGUAAGAAGGUGGAGCCCUGAAGGGAAAUGUGAAUGUCAACCUAAUCUAUCUUUUCGUUCAGCUCUGUACAAAUUUCAUCUAGCUGUGAAUUGGGCUUUAUUUACGGAUUGGCUCAUGAAAAUUUAUGCGGGACAGAGGAGCUGGUAGGGGGCAAACAACAUGCAACCUAAGGGACAGAGGAGCUGGUAGGGGGCAAACAACAUGCAACCUAAGGGACAGAGGAGCUGGUAGGGGGCAAACAACAUGCAACCUAAGGGUCAAAGGAGCUGGUAGGGGGCAAACAACAUGCAACCUAAGGGUUAAAGGAGCUGGUAGGGGGCAAACAACAUGCAACCUAAGGGUCAAAGGAGCUGGUAGGGGGCAAACAACUUGCAACCUAAGGAGCAGAGGCAACGGUAGGGGACAAACAACAUGCAACCUAAGGGACAAAGGAGCUGGUAGGGGGCAAACAACAUGCAACCUAAGGGUUAAAGGAGCUGGUAGGGACAAGCAACAUGCAACCUAAGGGUCAAAGGAUCUGGUAGGGACAAACAACAUGCAACCUAAGGGUCAAAGGAGCUGGUAGGGGCAAACAAUAUGCAACCUAAGGGUCAAAGGAUCUGGUAGGGACAAACAACAUGCAACCUAAGGUCAAAGUAUCUGGUAGAGAGCAAGCAACAUGCAACCUAAGGGUCAUACAAGAAAAUGUGAAUACAAAAGUAAGUUGAAAUGUAUUGUAAAAUUGUAGAGUGUCAAAUCAAGGUUUUGGACACUAUUGUUAAUAUUUAUUCUUAGCUAUGCAAAGUUUUUAUUGAUAAAAAGAGUUUUUUUAAUUAUGCUUUGAAAAUUUCAUCAGAGAGUUCUUACAGAAUACUUUUGUUACACAUGUAUGUUACUGGUAUGAAUACUAUUGUAAGGAUGUUAAGUUUGUUUUUUUCAUUAUAACUUUUAACUUCACUUUCAUCAAACAACUUCAUCUUAUCAUGCAAUUUUACACAAUCCUAUUCACUGAAGAAAUUAGAUAAAAUGAGAUUCAUCAGCAUUACAAUAAGAUGGUUCUGUAUAAUUUCCCUUACCUAAAGUUUAAUGCAAGUAAAAUAAUGGGUACAUUGUCAUAUUGUACACAUAAGUUAGCGUUCCAUGUUUGUUGGUUACUUACAGUUUUCAAUUUUGUUGAAUAAAUUCACAGUAAUUAAA